CUUGAUAAAUAUGAUGCGCAUGAAAACCAUUGGUUAAAAUUGACAUUUGCGGUGAAAGAAAAAUGGGGUUGGCCAUAUGUUAGAUCAACAUGGGCUGCGGGAAUGAGUACCACACAACUUAGUGAAUCUUUUAAUGCUUUUUUGAAGGAUUACAUUCGUUCUGAUUUUAACUUAAAUGAAUUCUUCAUGCAUUUCGAAAGGGUACUUUACGAGAAGCGAUACAAGGAGUUAGAAGCAGGAUAUGCUUUGUGCCAAAGGUUGCCAAAGGUGAAAGCAACAAUAAGAAUGUUAAUUCAAAUGGGUAAUGUUUACACAAAAAAGAUAUUUGAAGAAUUUCAAAAUGAGUACUUUCGAUCAAUUGAAUCGGACAUAGAAACAAUUGAAUAUGGCGAGGCUAGUACCAUUUACACAGUUGUUGAUGUUGGUAACAAACAUGCACGGAAAGUGAAGAUGGAGAGGGAUGGGUCAUUGGGUUGUAAUUGUACAAAGUUUGAAAGGGAAGGAAUCUUGUGCUGUCACUCAUUGAAGGUUAUUAGAGACAUAUUGAAGAUGAAAGAGGUUCCUCCACAAUACAUUCUAAAGAGGUGGACGAAACAAGCAAGAGCCGAAACUGUGAAGGACAUUAAGGGGAAUGACAUUCAAGUGGAUGUGAAAUUCCAGCAAGCCUCGCGGUAUAAGACAUUGAUGACCGCAUUUAGAGCACUAGCAAGUAGAGCUGCUGAAACUGAAGAAACUUAUGAUUUUUGUGUUGCACACCUUGCUACAUUAGGUGCAAAUAUUGAAGGCAAGUUAGGUGCUCUUUUUGGUGCUGGAAAUGAAGUAAGUAAUGAUCAUGACACCCAAAGCUUUGAAGUGGAUUGCGAAGAUGUGAAUCAUGUUGUGCAACCAAAAGGAUUUAAGAAAAAACUGGCAACUAGUAAGGGCAAAAGGAGGGUAAAAGGUGGAUUCGAAGUGGCGUUGAUAGCGAACUCCAAAAAAAAAUCCCGUGCUAACAGCUUCGCUUCGUCACAAUCUAUUGCAAGUCCAACAGUUGCACCUUCUCCAUUAUCUGUUGGAGGAGAGAUCUAUGUUCGUCAACAUGUUCCUCCUCUUCAACCUCUUCCUCCCCGUCGUCAUUUUCCUCCAUCUUUGCCCAUGGGUGGUAAUUCUAUUCCUCCGUCAUUGAUGAAUCCCACAUAUCAUGACAUGUACGUAGUGCAUAAUUCAGUGCCAAAUUUAAUGCCGCAACGGUAUCCUACUGAACCAACAUUCCAGUCACUACUUCAAGGUUCAUAUGGAUAUGACAUUGGGUUUCGAUAUUCUCAAGAAUCAAACAGUCCAAUGUGGAGUCAGGCCAUAGAGAAGCACAAAGACAAGCAAACUGCAGAUGAAAAUGGCAUGCAAAGUGAAGUGAUACCAUCUCAAAUUGUGAAGCAAACUCAUGCUGAAUUGGUGCACAAAUUUUGAUGUUGCUCAGAAGUGAUGUUCAAAUUGCUGUUCAAACUCCACUCCAAUGU